AUGGGCCAUUGGUUAAAUGGGGAGUGGGAAUGGGUGUUCAAAUGGAGGAGAGGGCUGAGAGGGCGAGAAGUGGGGUGGUUAGAGGCGAUGUUGGGGGAGUUGAGGACAAAAUGUUUAACAGAGGGUAGGCGGGACAGGUGGACUUGGAGGCAGGAUGGGGAGGGGAUUUAUACAGUUAACUCUUCUUAUUUAUUUUUGCAGGCUCAAAACUUGGAGGAAGAAGACCCAGUGUUGAAACUGGUUUGGUCAGCACCAGUCCCCUCUAAUGUCAAAGCAUUCAUUUGGCGUUUACUGAAGGAUAGAAUCCAAACCAGGGACAACCUUUGCAAGAGGCAGGUUCUGACAAGGGGAGAGGGGUCUACAUGCCCGUUAUGUCGACAAGAGGAGGAAACAAGUAUGCAUUUAUUCUCCAGGUGUGCUGUUUCAAAUCCAGUUUGGUAUGCUUGCUUUGCCUGGCUUGGUGUCUUCUCGGCUGUGGCGGCCUCACCGCGGGAUCAGAUGUUGCAAUUCCCAUUCUUUGGCAUUAACAAAAAUCAGAAGGCAGGAGAAAUUGCCAUUUGGAUGGCACUGGUAUGGUCUAUUUGGUUGACACGGAACAAGGUAAUUUUUCAGGGGGGUGCCUUUGAUCCUAACCAGAUUCUAGAAUUGGCUCAGUUGAGAGCAUGGCAGUGGCUGAGGGCAAAGGUGGAUGGCUUUAUGUAUUCAUGGUUUGAGUGGAAGGAGAAUCCAGGGGUAUGCAUUCUUUCUUUAUAG